CAGUAUCCUAUUUUGACGUCAAAAUUCCGCCCUUUAUUAUCAGAUCCCCCUCUACUGACUAAUGAGGUGUGGUUGCCCGUUGAUGUCUGACAUCUCAAAAGAAAGCAGUAGUUUGAUGCUUUUUAUCAGCGAACGAAGGAUAUAAGUGUCAGUAAGUAGCAAUGGCUGCAAUAAGGAAGAAGUUGGUAAUAGUUGGUGAUGGAGCCUGUGGCAAAACCUGCUUGCUCAUUGUGUUCAGCAAGGACCAGUUCCCAGAAGUCUACGUACCAACAGUUUUUGAAAAUUAUGUAGCAGACAUAGAAGUAGAUGGUAAACAGGUUGAAUUGGCAUUAUGGGAUACAGCUGGCCAAGAAGAUUAUGACAGACUACGGCCACUGUCCUACCCUGACACAGAUGUCAUCCUCAUGUGCUUCUCCAUUGACAGCCCGGACAGCUUAGAAAACAUUCCAGAAAAAUGGACUCCUGAAGUUAAACACUUUUGCCCUAAUGUUCCUAUUAUUCUUGUGGGCAACAAGAAGGAUCUGAGAAGUGAUCCCAACACUAUUCGAGAGCUACAAAAGAUGAAGCAGGAGCCUGUCAAACCAGAUGAAGGCCGAGGUAUGGCUGAGAAAAUUGGAGCUGCAGCAUACCUGGAGUGCUCAGCCAAGACCAAAGAAGGCGUACGCGAGGUGUUUGAGUGUGCUACUCGGUCAGCUCUGCAGGUUGAGCUAGCAUUGUGGGACACAGCAGGGCAGGAAGACUAUGAUAGAUUGCGACCACUUUCUUACCCAGACACUGAUGUCAUCCUAAUGUGUUUCUCCAUCGACAGCCCUGACAGUUUAGAGAACAUCCCUGAAAAGUGGACGCCAGAGGUUCGCCACUUCUGUCCCAAUGUUCCCAUCAUAUUAGUUGGCAACAAGAAAGAUCUACGCAACGAUGAAAACACCAAACGUGAGUUGAUGAAGAUGAAGCAGGAGCCGGUGCGUCCAGAAGAAGGGCGUGCAAUGUCAGAGAAGAUCAAUGCCUAUUCCUACUUGGAGUGUUCAGCCAAGACCAAGGAAGGAGUGAGGGAGGUUUUUGAAACAGCAACACGAGCAGCACUUCAAACCAAGAAGAAGAAGAAAGGGGGUUGCAUUGUUUUGUGAGCUGGGUAACUUCCAGUGGUCGUAAGAUAGAAAGGCAGGCAGGACAGGUCUUACACAGAUUGGGACAUAGAGCAUGAUGUCAGGUCUGGUUUAGGUAUCGAGGCAUCAUGUAGUCAACUUCUUGAACACCCCAUAUAAAGUCACAUUUUUAACUGCUGCUCACUGAACCAAAUGCACUUCAUGCUCUUUGACCCAGAUGUAGCAACAGUCACACAAAGAGUGUGACCUGAUCCUGCAUUCAUCCUAGUGGCGGGACUGAAUACACACAUUACCGAACAAAGCUAAGUCAGCUUUUGUUCAAAAGCUGUAUAGCAGCAACUUGGCUUUUUAACACCUGAUAACCCCCUCCCCCCCUUUUUUUUUUUGUCUCCUUCACUCACACUGUUCUAGUGUGGGAGACUGUGGGUAAGCAUAGGAAUACGGGGAUUUGUUGGCUUAGGUGCAGGGCACAAAGUUGGUGCAUAGACAGAAGAAUUUAUUCCAAGGUCUUAGACAAAUAAUUUGCUUUUUUUAUGGGAUGUGCAGUAAGGUAUUAAAAGUAACUUGAAUGCAUAAUUAUGAUAUCUUGGACAAAAGUUGCUUUCAUUCACAAAUUUUUCCUCUCUUUAUUAGUUUCUUUUCUCUUCACAUCUUUCUGGGAUCGGAAAGACUAUAGGCUUUUUUUUUCUCUCAAAGAUUACAAUUGUGCAUGGCUUGUGAAAGAUAUGAUGCCUCUUUAAGACAUCCACAUCUGUGGAAUAAAGUACUGUAUGCUUUUUUCUUUUUAUUGUUGAUGCUUUCAUGAAAGCUGCCUUUCUGCUUACAUCAUUUCAAAUUCUUGUUUAGCUUUUGUAUUGAUACCUUUGUUUAUGCAAGCUCAGGAUUACCAGGCGCUGGUACUUGCUGAGUGGAGAUGACAAAUGAGAGAUGGCAUAAUCAGUGUACUGUCAUUUAUGUAAGACACACAUAAUAUAAAGUACAUGCGGAAUGUGACGUUUAGUGUUUCUUAUUUCGGCAUCAUUCAGGGUCUGGAGAAGUGUUUUCUAAUUCAUUCACCGACUAGAUGAUUUAAGGUUCAAACAUUGAAUAACACAUUCUGAAACCUUGGCAUUUCAUCAUUGCAUAUUAUGCGCGAUUAAAAAUUUUCUGCACCUUUUAUCACAGUUGACCUUCACUUAAAAAUGGUGUUUGUCCCUUUUAUAUAUCUGUAAACAAUGAUAUUUUAGAAACAGAACAGUAUGCUGCUAGAGGAUAUUCAGUUUAAUAAAGAAUUUUUUUUUAUAGUGGUGCAGGGGACUAUGCUUAUUGAAAAAUUUGGGAUGUUAGGCAAGAAAGAGUAUCAAAGGACAUACCACUGAAUUAAAGUUUUCGUGCAACAGGUAUCAGCAAAGUGCCAUGUCUACUGAUGCCGUGCUUAUUGGUGAAUUUUUUUUUUUUCGAUUCAUCUUCAGCAUGUUUGAGACUUCAUGGAUUUCAAUCAUGCAUAGUGUUUGUAAGCACUCCAUAAGGUAGAAAUUGGCACAGUAUUUUAAGCAAGUAUUGAAGCUGAGAUGCUGACAAAAGUAUUCGAUCUAUCGGCUGAAACAAAGGGUAACACACAAGUUGUAGGCUUUGUCUUUCUCAUAUUUGUGUUUCAUUGCUGCUUAUUUUUUUUAUCAGAUACGAUCCAUCCCACCCAUACGGUUUUUACUAAAUUAAAGCAGAAUAUCAAUUUCUCUGAAAGCACCCUAUCCUCCUUGUAGGUAGUCCAGAUUGCAGUUCUUUAAGAGUUUAAGACGUGCAUACAAUUGUUAAUACUCAAGAGUAAUUGCGUUUUUACUUUUAUCUUUUUUGGGGGGUUGGGUGGGUGGGUAUAAUAACUUAAGUCUGCAUACUAUACCAAGUAUCAAAUGAAGAAUGAUUAGUUGGACUUACAAAAAAUUGAACUUUCUUGUUUGUAUAAAGGCUUGCCUUGGUUUCUGGACUGGGCAGUUUUUGUUUAUGACUGCAACCAGUAUUUUCAUUCCUCACCAAGUAUUAGGCUUCGGCUAAAUUAUUUCUAAAGAGAUAAGCUCUGGGGUGACUUUGUCGUGAUCGUGUCUUGCAGCAAAAUCGAGUGCUCACACAACUCAUUGGCUAUUAUGUAUUCUGUUUCUUCGUGAUUAUUGGUAAUAGAACUUGCUAUGCCUGGUGCAUUGCCUGUCAACUGGCGGCCAAAGACUUUUGGGCCGUCAUAAUUUCAUUAGGAGUCUUUAUCAACAACUUUUGAUGUUGGGAUUUCCAUUUUCUUUUCAUUUUUGUACUUCAGAGAUGAGGAAGAGUUAUAAAGGUUUGUUUGUGGUUGUGCUCGUCACUCGAUUGAAACUAGUGAUUACCGUCAUCAGCUUGUCGCUCGUAGCGGAAAUCUUGCAUUGUUCGCUACCGAAAUUCUUUAAUCGUGUGUGCAUGUGUGUGCAAUACAUACUUUGGACUCUCACACUCAUUUCCUCUCUGUUGCCAUGGCUCGCCAGGAUAAUACCUUAGUUGCUGGCAUGGCGUACAACUAAUCAACUUUGUUGCCAUAGCAAGGAAGCCGUCAUGGUCUCACACUCGCGUUAAAAAGAGUGCCGCUGUCUCCUUUCCAUACAUUUGCAGGUCAAUUUACACAGGGAUAUGGACAUGUAAAUUUAUGAAUAAGAAAUAGGAUGCAAGCACUUCUGCAACAAACUUUCAGACAGCGUGAGGGAUGUAUGUUUGAUUGGUCCUCGGAGAGCUCGCCUUUGUUAGUUGUCCUGUGAGUACAUGUACUCGGUAAAUUAUAGCUGGCAGGGGACUUGACUACAUGUCCUGGUCAUGUUUAGUCUUAUGCUGUUAUCUCCCUUCGACGAACGUGAAUUUGAGGGUGAAUGAGUGUUUUUUUCACUGGGCAAGGUGCUUCUUAUUAGAAAUGAAUCUAGCAGUUUACCCCUUUUGCUUUGCCUUCGAUGAUAUGUGCAUAGUAUGAGGUACUUAUAGUUUACAUCUUAUCAAAGAAUUUUAGCAUGUUGAACGCUGAGGGGUUACUAUUAACCUUAGAUAAUCCAUCUUGCAUCUUAAUCGCCUCUAUUUUCCUCCCCUCUCACUCCUUAAAAAAAAGGGGGGGGGUAGUUUGUUUCUUAAUUUUUUAGAGAAAAACAUUCAAACAUUUCACUUGAAGUAGUUCACGGAUCCCAACAAAAUCAAGAGUGUGGAUAGGGGAAUGGAUUCUGUUGAGAAAGUCGGGACGAAUGUUUGUAUAUAUUUUUCGUGCGCUAGUGUAGCCAUUCCUGCUUGUAUUUGCAAUUAUAUUCGGCGUCGGAGUUUCACAUCCUAUUUUGCUUAUGUUUUUCUCCCGUACGUUUACUUAAUCAUGCUUUUUUUUAAAAAAAAAAAAAUUCUCUUCUGUUUGCCUGUUCUGUAUCUUAACCAGUACAUAAUAAAUAAGUUAUGUCGGCAUAAUUUUUUGUCGAAAUUCUAA